UUCUCAAUAGACUGCCAUGGUAAAACCCUAUAUUCAUUGGUAGUCACCACAUAUCAUCUAAUAUCCUAUACGUGAUAUUAAAGCUCUGGAGUCCUUCUUUCGAAUUUCUAUUGAGAUUGUAAUUAUGUGUAAUAAUUAUGCAUCCUAGACCCCAUUCGGCCAAGUUGCACUAGGUAUAGGAGAGAUUGUGACCUCUUUGUUAGGUGUCUGACACAUCCCCACCCCCUCACUUAGAUAAGUGACAAAGAACAAACAGUGCAUCUGGUUAUAUAAAGCUAUACAAUAUGCUCCAUUCUAUGACCUCACCCGUAUGUGAGCACGAUUGCUCCUAUCACGGCGUUGUACAAGCAGAACGUAUCCAGUACAAUGAAUCUCCCUGCGCUUGAAGGCCCUAGGAUUGGUCCAUUCGAUGUGCUUGGAUCGGGAUUCAGUAUCAAAUUUUUAGAUAAGCUUGGAGAAGGAAGUCAUGCAGUUGUGUGGAAGGUUGAGAUCAAUGGUCUUGUCUACGCAAUCAAGAUGUUUAACAACUACAAAGUCUCGGACUUUACAUAUCAAAUGGAGUUGGCCUUGCUCUACAAACGUGGUAUUACAGAUAGCCAAAUCCUGGACUCUAUGGAUCCAUUCAACAACGAAUGUAGAGCCUAUGGCCGCAUUUGUGAGGCAAAUUUAACACAUAUAGCAGCGAAGUGCUAUGGUUAUCUUUUCCUUAGCUACCAGGUGGAUAGAUCUUCAGACGAAGAUGAGGAUGAUCCACGUCAGCUGGCAUGGACGAGAACAGAAACAUUGAAACGCGAUGAGUCUACCAAAAGGGUUCCGAUUCGAGCAAUUGUCAAGGAGUAUAUCGAGUCAGAGCAUGCCUUCACGCCAAGAAUGAUCCCUAGGAUGCUUCGCAAUAUAAAGAAUCUUCAUAAGCAUGGAAUUGUUCAUCAAGAUAUACGUUCAGCAAACUACAAAGAUGGACUUCUGGUCGAUUUUUCAUGCGCCAUGACUGUACCCCAUUACCUCCUCGACAUAGAAUUAGGCCACGUCUCGAAAGAGUUCAUCUAUGCCUACGAAAUAUCCGAUGCACAAGAUUUUGAUCAUAUGAUUGCUGAGUGGAAUGAUCGAAAUCGAGUACAGAUAUGGCACAGAUUUCUUCCCAAUUUUCUGUAUUGCAACCGACUACGAUCUCAACAGGUUGUUGCUGAAAAGACCGAAGGACCUGAAUAUGAUGUCCAUAUUACUCGUCUAAUAGCUCUUUCAAAGAGAGCAGAUGAAUGGAAUGAAAAGGUUAGCGGGCGGAUAAAGUGGCACGCGGCCGACUAUGAUUGGAGACAUGGCAUGGUGAAUCCAAAAUAGAACAUCAUAAAAAAAGGAUUCAAAAAAGCAUAGCUUGCUAGACCGUCAUGGUGAAGUUCGCACCACGCCCCCUAUGGACGUUGUAGUGUUCUGGUCAACAAGCAUUUCUGUCAUAAUACCGUCAUUCGGCUUUUCCGUCGGUCGCUUUCAGUUCAUCCUCAAGGAUUUUCAAAGUACGAAAAGCCCGGAGCGGUCCAUUAGGAUUGACGAGGCCAUCAGGAUCCCGAAUUGUCUCCAUAUCGACUUUGUUCUUUGCAGUGGUAUCCUCACCCGGUCGGAUCGUGACGACUUGUGGCUUCACGUCAGGCUCUUCACCACUCGCUAAACCGCGAUCCACGUUGAUCUCAUUGACGCUCUUGACCUCGUCGAAAGCACCGGAGAUACCGCUGGGCUCCUCCGGCAGGUGGAAGAAUGGAAGACCAGCAUCUGCGUAGGCUGACUCCGAGAUGGGGCACUCGGGAGGCUUCUGUCCCGUGAUGUCGCGGAACAUCGUGGUUGUCAGGAUAUGUACUGAAAUCGCAAUGGUUGAGGCUGGAACCCAGAUUUGAGGGUCCAUUUCGUCUUUCUGAAUUACUUGUUUGAUCUUUCCACCUGCAGCUACGCCCAUGGGUCCGUACCAACCGCCGCCUCGGAGUCGCAGCACCAAAUGUAUCACGGAGUCCUGGGUUAAUGAAUUAGUGUCCAUGUUUCUUAACCGUUGUGAAAAUUCGAG